AUGGUGAAAAGUUGCUCUGUUUUCGGAGGCACACAUCGCGCAAAUUCUGUGGCGAAAAAGAAAGGAAUUCGGUUUUUCAAGUUUCCUAAAGGUUCGCACAAGCGAAGGAGCUGGAUUAAAGCCAUGAACAGAAAAGACUGGAUCCCAAAUGGAAACUCGUUCGUCUGUUCAGCACACUUUGUUUAUGGGUGGCAUAGUUAUGAGGCUGGGGAUGCAGACUAUGCUCCUAGUGUAUUUAGCUACAAGGAGACCGCCGUCGACGAGAAGCGCCAGGAAAGGGCAUUCAGAAGAGAUAUAUCUAUGACAUUUGAAGCUGCUGCAAAGGCCCACAAGGAAAGGGAGGACAGCAUUCUGCAUAUAUCAACUGCGAUGCACACAUACUGUGGAGAUGGCAAGAGUGAUGUUGACGAAGUUGUCCAGACAGGCAUGCAGUGUGACACAGACUCCCUUAUAGAGGAAAACCAACAGCUGAGGGAGGAGAAUGAAAGAUUGAGGAAAGAGCUGAAGAUGAUGAAGUGGGGGGUCAACAUAAUUAAGGAUGAUGACAAUACCACAAGAUUUUAUUCUGGCCAAAAAAAUGCAAUAUUUGAAUGGCGCCAAAACCCCAGUGAAGUACAGGCAGAAGCCACAAAGUUCAAGUUUGACUUUGAUUGA